UUCGAUAAUAAACGGAAAACCCCCCAAAAACUUUUACAUUUCUUUGUAUAUAUUAUAUGUGGAAAUGAAGGCGGUCAACGUGAAAGAGUAGGAAAAUUUCUAACGUACUGUAAGGGCGCUUUUGAUCAAGUUUUGCCAAUAAUAUUUUUUUUUAUUUCAAAAUGCUAUAUUUACCUGCAAGAUUGUGCCAUGCCGUGAUUUGGAUUGGAGUUUUUGUUUCAACAAAUGGACAAGAACCAAGUUCACGACUUACGCGCUGGCACAAUUUGGAGAGACAGAAGCUGCGGUCGCGGCUAGAGAAGGGAAGUAGGCUGCUGGAAAAACUCAAUGUUCAGCCCGAAUAUCCACCGCCAUCUCCAUCGUCCCCAUCACAGAAUAUGCCGCCAACAGGUUUACCAGUCGGGCCAUCGUGGCUGGAACAGUUUCAACUGUUUAAACAUAAACAAAACAGUCAUCGCACAGUAACUAGCACACCUGCACCUAUAAACAUAGAUAGAAUGGCAUCUAUCAGACUACGGCUACUUGAGAAAAGGAGGAAGCAACAGGAAAUUCAGGAACAGCAGAAACGCCUGGAGCAGAGUCUGGAGAAACAGAGACUACGAGAACAGAAACUCCAGGAACAGAGAUUGCAGGAACAAAAACUGCGAGAACAGAGACUGCUGGAACAAAAACUGGAGGAACAGAGACUGAAGGAACAGAGAUUGCAGGAACAAAAACUGCGAGAGCAGAACCUUCUGGAACAGAAACUAAAUGAACAGAGAUUGCAUGAACAGAGAAUGGAAGAACAGAGGCUGCAUGAACAGAGACUUCAGAAACUACGACAACAGGAAGAGAAGCUACUGGAAAAACGAUUGCAGGAACUUAGACUGCAGGUUCAAGUGGCGUCUCAUAAUCUACGACAGAUAGGUCAAAUGAACCAGGGCCAAAUUCUUCCAGGAAUAGACAUCGGGAGGUCUAUAUUUGGUCCAAGCGAUGGUAUCCAGGUUCGUCCAUCAGAAACUCUGAUUGGACCAAUUGAUUUAGGCCAAUGGAAUUCUGGUGGAGCAAAUCUAGUUGAUCCUCUUGGGCAACCUGGCAAUCUAACUGAACGACCAGACUCCGGCCUUACACCCCAUGACCAGUCGGCCGUGCACUCCGGUGAGCCGCUCGGUUUUUUCAAUCCUGGCGAAGCACUUCGACCUUUACAAUCAUCACCUGGGGAGACUCGUGGAGUAGAAAUCGGGCUAGGUUCAGUCGGCAAUAGCCAGUGGCAAGGCUCAUUGCUCGGUGCUGGUAUUCCCGUAACAGUAUUUAAGGAAGUGAAUAUUAGUACCUCCGUUGAUUCCGGCAGUCGGACGGGGCAAGUGGAUAGCUCUUCUACAAAGGGUAAUCAACCUCCAAAUAGCAACACAGGACAGAAUGUCAACAACAGACCAAGUGCAGGUUUACAGACACUUAACGGUGGAUGGAUGCCGAUAGCAGAGGUUUCAAAGGCGUCCUCAAGCGUUAAUUCCAACGUUAAGAAUAAAAAUACACAAAAACAGCUGUUUAAUCUGUUAGGUGAUCUCUCAUCAAAACUAAGAAAUAGAACUCGACAUUAACAUUUAAUUUUUUCUUAAUAUAUGUUGUAAAGCAACAGUCUUGAUGGCCGUGAAUUGGUUAACGAUCGCUACUUACAUGUGUUAUGUUGUACUGGUCGCUGGUCAGGCGCAGUGGAUAUUUCCAUUUGUCAAGGGAAAGCGCUACGCUUAAAAAUCGAUAAAUAUUCUCGCGCAUACGUGUCGGAUGUUUUAACAAUAAGAAACACAGGAAUUAAGUCAGCAGUUUACCGCAUUGCUAGGUUAUUUAUUCCAGUUGAUUGCGCUCACAAGCCAUAGUGCAGCCAUUAUAGGGCGAGGAAAGACCUUUAUAAAUAUAGUAUUUAUUGCCUGUAAAGACAAUUAUGUCAUUUCAUUAGCUUUUUAAUAUUGAUUUUCAAUUUCAUUUCAUUAUAUUUCUUACUCUUGACAUGAAAUGUAUUAUAUUUUGAAUUUUCUCAUUUGUACUUAUAUUUAAUGUAUAUUUAAUGAAAUAUGUUUAUAAUGACGAGACAAUAUGUAUAGUUUAAGUCGAUACAAGCUCUGCCCCGUUCUGUUCUGUUUAUAAUCUCAAAGAACGACAUUACGCACCUAGAUAUCAACCGAACGUGCAUGGAAUACUUUCAACAUACAUGCAUGUCCAAAAAUUGCUCCACAGACAUUUAUCGGGAAAUAAUUUAUUACUUCCCGAUCGGUCGGUGGGGUGAACAUGUAGCAUUGAACCUUUUACGUGUUUCUAUUUACAUUGUUAUAAUAGUUAUACAUCAAUUCAUGUUAUUCCUGCUUAUUUCACUGACUUUUAUGAAUGUUUAAACCUAUGUUUACCCUCAUUUGAAUUAUGAGAAAUAUAUUUAUGUAUAUAUAUAUAUAUAUUCACAUUUAAACCUAUUUAGCCGCCUUUUUCAUGUAUUGCAUCAAAAUUCGUCUUGUUCAACUCAAAUGACAAUUAUAUAAUCAAAACAAAGUCUUAACGGCUCUAUUCUUUUGACGUGCACUUCCGGUUAAAUAUUGACAUCGCAGAACAAUGUGGCGUUGCAAGAAAUAUUGGUUUUGCUAUAACUGCUCAUAAUUUAAAGCGCUAUUAUAUGUUAUGAGAUAAUUUUUAGUUUAAGUCAUAGUGUACCGUUGGGCUACCAACUUUGGAAUUUACUUGGCCUGACCAAAUAGUUGGUGGUGAUGGACAGUGAGACAACCGUAUAUGUCUAACCAUGAAAAAGAAAUGAUUUUGUUAAUGAUUUGAUUGUUAGUUUAUCAAUACAGUAGUUUUUACCGUGAACUCAUUUAUUUAUUCAUUGUGUGGUAUUGUUUUGAAAUAUUUUACAGUCUUUAUGUAUUAACACAAAAAGUUCGCGUUGUAUUGUUUGUGGCAUUUAGAUAUACAAUAUGUAUGCCGUUCUUAUUGUAUGUUCCUUUUGGCCUCCAUACAAUAAUGCUAGUAGCAUUAUAUUCAGGUACUCAUGAAUGAAAGGGCAAAUCCAUAUAUCCAACAAAAUUUGAACGUUAUUUGCUUCUCAAAGAUAAGUUAAGACGUAAGUCACAAGAGUGCCUUAAUUUGCUCCAUGAGUUAAAACGUUGGCCACAAAAGUAAGGCUCCUCCUUCUUUAUGACGAAAGGACACAAUUUAUAUAAGAAAUCUUAAUCAAUAAAUGAUUGGAUUUCCGCCUUUGAACGGUCAAUGAAACAAGAGUCGACUUGAUGGAAUUCGAAAUCACUGGAUUAUGAGUUCACUGGAUUAUGAGUUCACAGGAUUAUGAGUUCACUGGAAUACGAAUUCACUUGUGGUUUAUUGGUCAGGCUGUAAGCCAAUAGGCCUGCAUACUUUAAUAACCUUUAAUCGGAAUCUGACAAUGGCAGAUCAACAUAACAGUUUUAACCUUUGGAAAGUUAAUGAACGCACGUGUGUAUUAACCCCAGCGCUGUUCAAACUGCAGUGGUCAACUACCUAAUUGACAUUACCAAUUUGGUAUUAUACUGACUGCGGCAUGCGUUUUGCACGAUAAGCUUGCUUAAAGUAGCAGUGUAAUGAGUUUUCAUAAUAUUUUGUGCGGUUGAUAUAAUUCUAAAACCCCGGAAAGACAUGGUAAAACCCCGAAAAGACAAUCAACGUAUUGCAAUGAAAUGCUCAUCUGGCGUAAGAUAUCAAACCAAAAUGGUUUAAAUGCAAUUAUAAUAUUCAUUUUAUCCCACAAACAGCUUUUUUGGUGAUUAAAAUUCAAUCGUUUAUAUAGUUUAUACAUUGUAUGUUUAAAAUAGUAUUAAAUUGACUCUUAGCUUGACAUUUUAUUAUUUAAAGCGGUAGUAUGUUUUUACACAAAAUAAGGUUAUGCAACUGCGUCUCAUCAAACCAUUAUUGUGUUAAUACAUACAAACAAAUUUUCAACCAUUACUUAAAGCGUAUUAUACAAUUUUACAUUAAAAUCAAAGAGCUUAAAGCGUUGACAGCCCUGCGACCUGUUACGAUUUGUUAAUAUAGUCAUGUAAGGCCCAUUAGAACGGAAAUUGUGUGAAGAAUUUUCGGUUUGUCUCAAUAAUUUGGGACCAGAUUCGUGAGCAUGUUGCAUAAACAUAGUUAUAAACCACUGAUAUAAAUCUUUUCAUUUUUUCGACGAGUAACAUGUAGGUUGAAGGCAAU